GCUGGCUCCGUUGUUUUCUGUCUUUUAGCUGCGCUUGCUGUGCUGUAGAUUAGGAAAGGCGAUAUUACUCUUCCCGGGACCAGGGAACGUCAGUUACGUGAAUGCACGUGUGAGACUUCUCAACGUAGACGUAGUUCCUUCAUUUUGAGAGUCUGUGGUGCUUUUCUCUUGGUGUCUUUAAUUAUAAUCCGAGGUCUAACCUACUGGAGUUGAAACAUCUUGGCAACAAGAUGAUGUGAUUCUGGUGGAGAGAUCCGGUAUUGUGCCUUUGCAGUCGGGGAAGGCUGGCUGAUGAAAAUACGUGGGGACAAGGUGAAAGAGGCUUCCUUCUUGUUAAGAUUACUUGCGUCCAAACGGUGCCGAGUUCCGUGGGCCUCCAGGGAAGAACUACUCACCCUUUUCCUGUGUCUGGGGCAUUUGGCCUUUGCUGGGGUUUACUGGAAAAAGCUUUUUUGCACCUGGUUUUUUCAAGGAAGUGGGCUGACACGGAAGGAAAGUGCCAGCUCCCUGAACCGUGAUUGAUGUUGAAGUGGAAGUCACUUCUGCGCCUUGCUCUUCUGGCAUGUUCUGCUUACAGCUCUUGGCUCAAAGCUGCGGACCCCGGCUCCACGGCAUUCAAGCAGAGUGACGUUUUGAUUUCGACACACACCCUUUGACCUUUUGUUCCAACAAGAAUUUUUAUAUUAGUCUGGGAGUUUCAGGAGCGGGAGCAAGUUAACUGGAUUCAAGCAGAAUCUUGCAACCGAAAACAGUCCCAGGGAGAAAAAACGCGGGGUCUGACUGAGCUAACGUGUGUUCUUGACACAGGAGGAUCCCCGAGCCGGGGUGGGGUCUGUGUGCUUUCCUUUUGGGAGCAGCUGGAGGCAGGCGCUCCUCUUGAUGUGGGCAGACGAGCUCGGAAGGCAAUCCAUGCUCUGGCGCUAUGUCCCAUUUUGGAGGAUAAGUGGAGAAUAUUAGUUUGAUUUGUGGAGAAUUCCAGGGUUUAAAAAUCUCCAGCCAGGAAGAUGACUGAGACGUGACUCUCUGGUUUUUCAUGAAGAUAAAAUAACUAUACAACUGACUCAAAACACGAGAGAAAUUCUGAGAGUCAAGGAUGGAACCUUGGGUCCCCCAGUGGCCACCUCGGCCCCGGGGGUGGCCCACAGCACCGUCAAAGGAUCCAGACCGAGGGCUUUGGAGAGAUGGAUAUCAUCGGCCUGUUCCUCGCUCUUGGCACGAUGGAGAGAGGUUCCAGCAAUGGCAAGACAUCCGCCGGAGCCCCCAGCCACAGCAGGACCCCAGGGCAGACCACCAGCAGCCUCCUUAUGCAUCCAGGCCUGGGGAGUGGCGUCAGCCUGGGUCUGAGGUUGACUAUUAUGAAGGCUAUUAUCCCAGUCAGAUAUAUUCAAGGCCAGGCAUCGAGGAUCCAUAUCAGAGCUAUCAUUCUCCAACCCCAAGGGAAGAAUAUGCUUAUGCAAGUUAUUAUUACCACGGAUAUCCACGGCAGCUACAGGAAGAAAGAGUGCCAAGGCAAGGGAGUCCUUAUAUCUGGCAUGAGGAUUAUCAAGAUCAAAAGUACCUCAAUGAACAUCAUCAUGAAACCCAGAAUAAUCUGUUUGGAACAAACAGUGAGACCCGGUUCCAAUCUCAGAGUCGGAACCCUUAUAAAGACAGUCCUGCUUCUAACUCUGGACAGGAGAGGCCUGGGGACCUGCUUCCAGAAAGUCUGCUAACUGGGGCCCAGAAGAAUAAGUCAUCACUGACCGACGAGUCCAACCUUCUCCGGCAGCACGAGUCUGGUCUCAGCUCCAGCAGCUAUGAGCUCAGUCAGUACAUGGCAGAUGCCUCUGAGCCGUAUGACCGCAUGGCUUCAGCAGCUUGGAGUCCCAUUCAGGCUGAGGAAGUCUCGGCAGCUGGCCCCAAGGCACCCAUGAAGUUCUAUGUCCCUCAUGUGCCUGUGAGUUUUGGACCAGGAGGUCAGCUGGUGUGUGUGAGUCCAAGCUCUCCCCGUGAUGGACAAACGGCCCUUGUUGAACUGCACAGCAUGGAGAUUAUUCUAAAUGAUUCUGAGGAACAAGAAGAGAUGAGGACUUUCUCAGGACCCCUGAUCAGGGAAGACGUACACAAGGUGGAUAUCAUGACGUUUUGCCAGCAGAAAGCAGCUCAGAGCCGCAGAACUGACACACUGGGGAGCAGAGACUCGGCUCUGCUGUGGCGGCUGUUGGUUCUUCUUUGUCGGCAGAAUGGGUCCAUGGUGGGGUCUGACAUUGCGGAGCUGCUGAUGCAAGACUGCAAGAAGCUGGAGAAGUACAAGAGGCAGCCCGCUGUGGCCAACCUCAUCAACCUGACCGAUGAGGACUGGCCGGUGCUGAGCUCGGGGAGCCGGAACCUGCUCACCGGGGAGAUUCCCCCCAGCGUGGAGACGCCCGCGCAGAUCGUGGAGAAGUUCACUAAGCUGCUGUACUAUGGAAGGAAGAAGGAAGCCCUGGAGUGGGCCAUGAAGAACCAUUUGUGGGGCCACGCUUUGUUCCUGGCCAGCAAGAUGGACGCAAGGACCUACAGCUGGGUUAUGAAUGGUUUCACCAGCACGCUGGCGCUCAACGACCCGCUGCAGACCCUCUUCCAGCUCAUGUCGGGGAGGAUCCCACAAGCGGCCACGUGUUGUGGGGACAAACAGUGGGGAGACUGGAGGCCUCACUUGGCUGUGAUUCUGUCAAAUCAGGGUGGGGACCCGGAGCUGCAUCAGCGCACGAUUGUCACCAUGGGGGACACCCUGGCUGGGAAGGGGCUGGUGGAGGCAGCUCACUUCUGCUACCUCAUGGCUCACGUGCCCUUCGGCCACUACACCGUGAAGACAGACCCUCUGGCCUUGCUGGGCAGUAGUCACAGUCAAGAGUUUUUGAAAUUUGCAACAACUGAGGCUAUCCAGAGGACGGAAAUCUUCGAGUACUGUCAGAUGCUGGGCCACCCCAAAGCCUUCAUCCCUUCUUUCCAGGUGUAUAAGCUCCUUUAUGCUUCCCGUCUGGCAGAUUACGGCCUUGCGUCCCAGGCCUUGCAUUACUGCGAAGCUGUUGGCACGGCCCUCCUUAGCCAGGGAGCGAGCAGUCACCCUGUGCUAUUAGUGGAACUCAUCAAGCUAGCAGAGAAAUUGAAGCUGUCAGAUCCUCUGGUUCUGGAGCGACAUCGUGGAAGCACGGACCUGGAGCCAGACUGGCUAGUGCACCUUCGGAGGCGGCUCAAGGAGCUGGAGCCAGGAGAUGCUGGGGAUCCUUGUUCUGCUCACUCAGCUACUUUGGGAGCCACAGGAACAACAGAAAACACUUUCUACCAGGAUCUUUCGGGACUUCAAGGCCACUCAGAAGCCCUUGGGGACUGCUCGGCCCUGGGGCCAACACCGGAGCAGACGGGCCCAGCCUGGUCCAGCCCACAGCUGCACUUUCCCCUCCAGCCCAGCUCCUAUCCAGCAGGAGGAGGUUCUGGGCAGAUGGCAGUCCCAGUGCCUCUGUACUCAGUUCUCGAGACCCAUCUGCCAGGACCUGGUGGCAGUGAGGCAGUGACAGGGACUCCUGGAAGAAGGUCCUGGGAGGAAACCCAGCAGAUACACCUACCCUCUGGAGAGAACACAGUGUCUCAAGAAACCUUCCAGCAGCCUCAUGAUCAAAAGGGCAUUUCCAAACCACAGGCACCACUGAUUCCCAGAGCACGAAAUAUUUCCGAGAGUUCCACCAUUUCAUUCCAGGAGGAUGAGGAGGAGUCCUCCAAUGAGGCAGAUAAAAAAUCUUCCCAAAAUACUGCACACAGCGAAAAGCCAGGAGACGUGAAAGGAAACACGAAGAGCUCAGGGUUUGGCUGGUUCAGCUGGUUUCGCUCAAAGCCCACCAGCGUCGUGCCCCCCUCUGGAGACGAAGACUCAUCUGACGGUCCCGACUCGGAGGAGACCCCCAGAGCAUCUUCUCCUCCCCAGGCUAGCCCGGGCCUCUCAUUGACACCUCUCCCAGGGCCCCAGUCUCUGCCGGGCACCAGCGCCUUCUCCAGGGGCACAGGUGAGGGUGAGGUCCGAGGAUCAGCGUCCAGUGGGGAAACAGCCGUGGCCACUGGGAGUGGAGGCUUGUCUGGGCCUGAGGGUGUCUCCUCUGAGCUCUGCUUCAACCCUGGGCUUCUGCCUCCCUCGCCUGCCUUGAAAGGGGCUGUUCCUCUCUACAACCCAUCUCAGGUCCCCCAGCUCCCCACAGCUACCAGCCUGAACCGGCCGAAUCGCCUAGCUCAGCGCCGCUAUCCAACCCAGCCGUGAGGAGAACGGCCACCCGUCCCAGGCUGGUCUCCCUGAGGCACAACUUUAAUGUUGCUCUCCUUUCCUAACCUCCCAGCCCCUCUGCCAUACUGGGGCCCCCAAGAGGGUGGUGCUAGCCUAUUGCCUCCACUGGGCAUGGAGAAGGCAAGGGGACAGGGUCUCCCAGGACACAGCUCAGGCCAGUCUCCUAAGAUUAGCUUCAGAACCACGGAAGGUACUUCAUCAGAUGGAAAAGCUGAGUAUAGCAGCAGCCUGGGGGUGAGCAGAAUGCCAUGGCGGCAGCUUUUGGGUGGUGGCUUCCGAUCCUCAGGAAAGUCAGAGCCUAUGAAUACCACUGCUGGGAUCAACGAUGACACCGCUGGGCUCUGCCGCAGGAAAUUAUUGAGGGGGGAGGUGCUUAGAGCAAUAUUCUAAAUGAACUUUGCCUCCUCCCUCAGUCUUAGUUAUAGACUGAUUCACGGCUCUAGUUAGCAAAGUUUUUAUCCUGAAACUUGGUUGGCACAUCCUGUCAUCAUUCUCUCUCCAGUGACAUUUCAGCAGUUUCCCUCUUGGUCCCAGUUUUGUGCACAUUUUUUAUGUGGUUCAGAUUAAUUAUAUUUCUCUCACUUUCUUAGCUGGUCCUAUUUUUUCACAUUCUGGCAACUGGCUAUCAAGUUAGAUUGCUGUAGGCAUCAUAUCGUCAUGGUAACUACUGAACCUAAUGAUGCAGAUGGAUGGAACAUCAGUAUAAUAAACGAUGGAAAAUGUUUCCUAAAAAUUCUCUCCUUCCAGAAGAGAGGAGGAAUAAGUGCCUGAUAUUGUUAAUACCUCCCUUUCUACCUCAGGCCUUUGCAAAUUGAUGUUCGGAGGGUCACUGGAGCCAGAGGGAGGGGGGAGACCUCUUGGAAAUUUCCAUUUCUCCUUUCAAACCCAAAAUAGGAAUGACUCUUGCUGUUUGUCAGGUUUGCUGAAAAUUGCUCCUCACAAAGAACAUUUUUUUGCGUGUGUAAUUGUACAUACAGGUUUUGUACUCUAAUGUACUACGGUUCUGAUGUCAAUGGUGAUUAAACCAGAUAAUUUUAUAG